AGAAACGCUUCUCUGGUCCUCUGCCUGCCUGGCCCUAACUCUAUCCUCUUCCUCCCAAAUUUCCAGUCCAUCCAAAGCGAUCCAAUCGCCCAUGGCGUGAUCCAAUCCCCGCUGCAUUUGCUGCUCCCCUUCCCCGCGAUCCCCAAGUUUAACAUACACUAACCCUAAUUCAUUCGCCUCCUCCCCUCCCGUGGUUGCGACCUAGGGUUUUCCAUCGAAACCCGAACCCUAACCCUAGGAGAGAAGAGGAGAGGAAAGGAGAGGAGAGAAGCGCGGCGAUGAAGGCCUCGAUCAAGUUCCGCGAGGAGCAGAAGCCUCUGGUGCGCGCGAAGGUCCCCAUCAGCGUCCUCGGCCUCCCCUUCGUCUCCGGCCUCGCCGUGGGCGACGCCAAGGAGCUCCGCCUCGACCUGGCCACCGCCUUCGACUUCGGCCCCUCGCUCCGCGUCUCCUACCGCCCCAACGAUCCCUGGAACCCCUUCUCCCUCGUCCUCAAGACCGGCGCCGGCGUGCUCGGAUCCCCCGCCGCCGCCCCCUUCGCCAUGUCCGCCGAGUUCAACCUCCUCGGCCGCGGCGCCGGCGCCGGGCCGAGCUUCUCCGUCCUCUUCAAGCCCCGAUUCGGCGACUUCGCCAUCAAAAAAUCCACCCGAUCCGACGCCUCCGCCUUCUCUCCCGCCGUCACGAAGGGCGCCGUCCUAGGCGACGCGAACGGCGAGGGAUCGAUCGACGGCUCAGAUGCGCCGGUCAUCGGGUUCCGGCCGUUCGACAACGGGAUCCACAAGGCGGCUAACGGGUUCCCGGCGAGCGUCACCGCAUCGAGGGGCGGGAUCAGCGGCUUGCUCUCGGGCAUGGAGGUCGCCGCGAGGAGCGUCCUCCCGCUGCGGGGCGGCGCCGCCGUGAGGUUCCGGUGGGGGCUGCAUAUCCCGCCGGAGCUCCGCGCCGCGCUCUCCGGCGACUCUGCUAAGGUUCCGAUGGCGGGGGUCUCCCUCAGCAAGAUCCCGCUGCUCGCUAUGAGCAAGGUCUCGAUCGAGCACGUGGCGCACGCGGAGAAGGCGAGGGAGGAAGCGGAGAAGAGGAAGGCGGCCACGGCGGCGGCGGAGGAGGAGGCGGUGAGGGGCCAAUUGGAGGCACUGCAGGCCGAGAGCCGGCUACUGAGGAGGGCGGUGGAGGAGCUCAGGACGGAGAUCCGCAGCGGAAGGGCGGGUCCUGCCACCGGAGGCCAAUUCUCCGGCAGUGCUGACCUUGGGAAGGGUGGACACGCGGCAUCUGCAACUUCGGCUGCAGCGAAGAGUGAUCGGCGCCCUAAUGGGAAGGCUGGGGAUAAUCCCGGGAAGACAGUGGCGGCGGAGGACGUGAACGAGGAGCUGAGGAAGGCUCUGGAUGCGCGGCGGAGUCUAAAAUGAGCCGGAGGUGAAAUUAUGUAGAGUGGCGCAGGCCAGAUAUUAUUGAGGCUCGAGUCUCUAGCAUAAUUGUGUUCUAUAGUGCCGAUGAAGAUGCUUCUGUUUCUUGUAAAACUGGUGCUUUAUGUUUGCAUUUUAGCAGCUUAGCAUGCCAUAGAUGAUGCCAUAUAUAUAUAUAAAAUUAUGCCAUAGAUUAUGCUUCAUUUUGCUUUGUCCUUGUAGUCUUGUAGAUAGAUGGUGCUUUUUCUUUGCAGAAUGCAGAUUUGUGCUUUAAAUGUCACCUCCUCUGAUGUAAUGCCAGAGAAGCAAGGCGAAUGCUCAGAACUCAUUACUUU